GUCUCUGGUCCUCUCGCGCCUUCGCCCUUGUGCUUCCAUCUGCCGCCUCUGGCGCCGGGGCUGCUCUGCCCGCACCGACCCGCCUUCCCGAACGCGCUUGCCGGCUCGCGGCGCUGCCCGCUGGGCAGCCAGCUGCGGGGUGAGCGCGGCUGCCGCGCUGCGCGCCAACUGCCAAGGCGUCGUUCUGCCGAGCCUUGUGCUCCGCUCCCGGGCCCCUGUAGCCGCGCGGCUAUGGGAGAUGUGAAGCUGGUUGCCUCGACACACAUUUCAAAAACCUCCCUCUGAGUGGAUAAAUCCAGAGUCAACUCCCUUCCCCUGAUGGAGCCUCCAGCUUUCAUUUUACCCCCUCGGAACCUCUGUAUCAAAGAAGGAGCCACUGCCAAGUUUGAAGGAAGGGUCCGAGGUUACCCAGAACCCCAGGUGACGUGGUACAGAAGCGGACAGCCCAUCACCAGUGGUGGCCGAUUCCUGUUGGACUGCAUCCGGGGGACUUUCAGCUUCAUGAUUCAUGAUGUCAGUGAGGAGGACAAGGGAAAGUAUACCUGUGAAGCCACCAAUGGGAGUGGUUCCCGCCAGGUGACAGUGGAGUUAACAGUGGAAGGAGACUUUCUGAAGAAGAAGUUUGGCCAACCAGUUGUUUCCAAAACCUGUGGGAAAAGAUUUGCCAUCCCUGCAGUAGAGACCCGUCCCAGCAUUUGGGGAGAGUGCCCGCCAAAAUUUGCUACCAAACUUGGCCGAGCAGUGGUCAAAGAAGGACAGAUGGGACGAUUCUCCUGCAAGAUCACUGGCCGGCCCCAACCACAGGUUACAUGGCUCAAGGGAGAUGUUCCCCUGAAGCCAAGUGCCCGUGUAGCUAUGUCUGAGAAGAAUGGGAUGCAGGUUCUGGAAAUCCACGAAGUCAACCAAGGUGAUAUAGGCGUGUACACAUGUUUGGUGGUGAACGGGUCAGGGAAGGCCUCCAUGUCAGCAGAGCUUUCCAUCCAAGGUUUGGACAACAGCAAUGGGUCACUUGUGAGAGGAACAAACACCACUAAUUCAGGUAUCCAGAAGGAAGUGACGAAUGGAAUCACCCAGGGGCCAAAACUGGACCAGCUAGAGACUGCAACCAAAAAUAAGAAAUGUAUCAGUGUCCAGAGAACCUGGACCACAGAGAGUCCGACUCAGUUCCCAAAGGAAUCAAAGCUGGAGUUACAUGGGGAUUCACCCCAAAAGGCCCUGGGAACCCCAGUCCUACAGAGGACUUCCAGCACCAUCACCCUGCAAGCUGCAAAAAUCCAGUUGGAACCAACAGCACAGGCCUUGGGUGCCCUCACCUCUUCCAGAGAAGAAAAGGAGGAGCCAACCAGCUCCCCUCCCACCUCCUUUCCCAUGAGCCAGGCAGGCCUGGCAAGUCAAGAAGUCGUGAACAAACUUUCUUCCAGAAAAUUCUUUGUGGAGAGCCAGAGGGAGCCAACAUUUCCCAAAUUCAAGAGCAAGCCCCAAAGCCAGGAAGUCAGUGAAGGUCAGACAGUCAAGUUUAUAUGUGAAGUUUCAGGGAUCCCAAAGCCCCAAGUGACCUGGUUCCUGGAUGGCAUCCCAGUGAGGAGACGAAAAGAUAUAGUUGAAGUUUAUGAAGAUGUAGACUUCCAUUACCUCUGCCUGCUGAGAACCCAGACAAAAGAUAGUGGAAACUACAGCUGCACAGCUUCCAAUGCCUGGGGCCAAGUGUCCUGCUGCUGGACCCUCAUGGUGAAAAGACUGGUCACAAGGGAAGUGGCCCCCUCAUUCUCCAGUGUCCUGAAGGAUUGCACUGUGGUCGAGGGCCAGGAUUUUGUGCUGCAGUGCUCAGUGCAGGGCUACCCCAUGCCCCAGAUCACUUGGCUGCUCAAUGGGCAGCCCAUCCAGUAUGCUCGCUCCACCUGCGAGGCCGGUGUGGCAGAGCUCCAUGUCCAGGAUGCUCUGCCAGAGGAUGAUGGCACCUACAGCUGUCUAGCCAAGAAUCCCCUUGGGCAGGUGUCCUGCAGCGCCCUAGUCACCGUGCAUGAGAAGAAGAGUGACAGGAAGAAUGAGCACCUUCUGCCAGCUGAUCUCAGCAAGGCCAUUGCUCCCCGCUUCCUGCAGGGCCUCUCAGACCAAAGAGUCAUGGAUGGAAGCCAGGUUACCAUGACCGUCCAGGUGUCAGGGGACCCACCCCCAGAGGUCAUUUGGUUCCAUGAUGGGACCGAGAUCCAGGAGUCAGAAGACUUCCACUUUGAACAAAGUGGCUCUCAGCACAGUCUGUAUAUCCAGGAGGUGUUCCCAGAGGACACGGGCACCUACACCUGUGAGGCCUGGAACAGCGCUGGAGAGGUGCGAACCCAGGCUGUGCUCACUGUCCAAGAGCCACAGGAUGGCACUCAGCCAUGGUUCAUCAGCAAGCCACGCUCAGUGACAGCCUCCCUGGGCCAGAAUGUCCUCAUCUCCUGUGCCAUCGCUGGUGAUCCCUUCCCCACUGUGCACUGGCUUCGAGACGGCAAAGCCAUUUACAAAGACACUGGCCACUUUGAGGUGCUCCAGAAUGAGGACGUGUUCACCCUGGUCCUAAAGAAUGUGCAGCCUCAGCAUGCUGGCCAGUAUGAGAUCCUGCUCAAGAACCAGGUUGGUGAAUGCAGUUGCCAGGUGUCCCUGAUGCUCCAGAGCAGCCCUGUUAGAGCCCUCCCAUGGCAGAGAGAGCCUGCCAGCUGUGCAGGCCUCUGUGGCCGAGGAACUGAUGGUGGUGAUGGUGGUGGCAGUGGUGACUACUAUGGGACCCUGAGGCCUGGCUGGCCAGUGCAUGGGCAGGACUGGACAGAGGAGGAGGAGGACAGUGAGGACGUGCGGGGGGUGCUGAAGAGGCGCGUGGAGACGCGGCAACACACCGAAGAGGCCAUCCGACAGCAGGAGGUGGAGCAGCUGGAUUUCCGUGACCUCCUGGGAAAGAAGGUGAACACCAAGACCGUGUCAGAAGAAGACCUGAAGGAGAUUCCAGCUGAGCAGAUGGAUUUCCGUGCCAACCUGCAGCGGCAAGUGAAGCCGAAGUCUGUGUCCGAGGAAGAAAGGAAGGUGUAUGGCCCCCAGCAGGUUGACUUCCGUUCUGUCCUAGCCAAGAAGGGGCCAUCCAAGACCCCUGUGCCAGAGAAGGUACCCCCUCCAAAAACAGCCACCCCAGAUUUUCGCUCUGUGCUGGGCAGCAAGAAAAAAUCACCAGCAGAGAAUGGUAACAACAAUGCUGAGGCCAUGAAUGCCAAGGAAGCAGAAAGUCCCAAGCCUGUGGGCAAUGCCAAACCUGCCGCAACAAUGAAACCCAUUACAAAUGCCAAGCCUACCGACUCCCUGAAACCUAUAGGCAACUUCAAGCCAGCUGAGACCCCGAAACCCAUAGGAAAUGCCAAACCAGCUGAGACCCUGAAACCUGUGGGCAACACCAAGCCUGCCGAGACCUUAAAGCCAGGUAGGAAAGAAGAACUCAAGAAGGAGGUUAAGAAUGAUGUGAACUCUAAGUCAGGACAUGCAGAGGCCACAGGUAAUGAAAAACGACCAAAGAGCCAAGGUGCAGCCCCAGCCUUCAAAGAGAAGCUGCAAGACAUCCAUGUGGCAGAGGGAGAGAAGCUGCUUCUCCAGUGCCAGGUGUCCUCUGACCCUCCAGCCACCAUCACCUGGACGCUGAAUGGGAAAACACUCAAAACUACCAAGUUCAUCAUCCUCACCCAAGAAGGAUCUCUCUGCUCCGUCUCCAUUGAGAAGGCACUGCCCGAGGACAGAGGCUUAUACAAGUGUGUGGCCAAGAAUGCUUCCGGCCAAGCUGAAUGUUCCUGCCAAGUCACUGUGGAUGAUGCCCCCACCAGUGAGAAUGCCAAGGCCCCAGAGAUGAAAACUAGGAGGCCCAAGAGUUCUCUUCCUCCUGUGCUAGGAACAGAGAGUGAUGCAACUGUGAAAAAGAAACCUGCUCCCAAGACACCUCUGAAGGCAGCCAUGCCACCUCAGAUCAUCCAAUUUCCUGAAGACCAGAAGGUGCGAGCAGGAGAGUCAGUGGAGCUGUUUGGUAAAGUGACAGGCACCCAGCCCAUCACCUGUACCUGGAUGAAGUUCCGGAAGCAGAUCCAGGAGAGCGAGCACAUCAAGGUGGAGAACAGCGAGAACGGCAGCAAGCUCACCAUCCUGGGUGCACGCCAGGAGCACUGUGGCUGCUACACACUGCUGGUGGAGAACAAAUUGGGCAGUAGACAGGCCCAGGUCAACCUCACUGUUGUGGACAAGCCAGACCCUCCAGCUGGCACACCUUGCGCCUCUGACAUCCGAAGUUCCUCACUGACCCUGUCCUGGUAUGGCUCCUCAUACGAUGGCGGCAGUGCUGUCCAGUCCUACAGUGUUGAGAUCUGGGACUCGGUGGGCAAGACUUGGAAGGAACUAGCCACAUGCCGCAGCACCUCUUUCAACAUUCAGAACCUGUUGCCUGAUCUUGAGUAUAAGUUCCGUGUGCGUGCCAUCAAUGUCUACGGAACCAGUGAGCCAAGUCAGGAGUCAGAUCUCACAGUGGUGGGAGAAAAGCUUGAAGAGCCCAAGGAUGAAGCGGAGGUGUCAGAUGAUGAUGAGAAGGAGCCCGAGGUCAAUUACCGGACAGUGAUGAUCAAUACUGAACAGAAGGUGUCUGACAUCUAUGACAUUGAAGAGAGACUGGGAUCUGGAAAAUUUGGACAGGUUUUUCGACUUGUAGAAAAGAAAACUGGAAACAUAUGGGCAGGGAAAUUCUUCAAGGCAUACUCAGCAAAGGAGAAAGAGAAUAUCAGGCAGGAGAUCAGCAUCAUGAAUUGCCUUCACCACCCCAAGCUGGUCCAGUGUGUGGACGCCUUUGAGGAAAAGGCCAAUAUCGUCAUGGUCCUAGAGAUUGUGUCAGGGGGUGAGCUGUUUGAGCGCAUCAUCGAUGAGGACUUUGAGCUGACAGAGCGUGAGUGCAUCAAGUACAUGAAGCAGAUCUCGGAGGGCGUGGAGUACAUCCACAAGCAGGGCAUCGUCCACCUGGACCUCAAGCCCGAGAACAUCAUGUGUGUCAACAAGACUGGCACCAGGAUCAAGCUCAUUGACUUUGGUCUGGCCAGAAGGCUGGAGAAUGCCGGGUCUCUGAAGGUCCUCUUUGGCACCCCAGAGUUCGUGGCCCCUGAAGUGAUCAACUACGAGCCCAUCGGCUACGCCACAGACAUGUGGAGCAUUGGGGUCAUCUGCUAUAUUCUGGUCAGUGGACUUUCCCCUUUCAUGGGUGACAACGAUAAUGAGACCUUAGCCAAUGUUACUUCAGCCACCUGGGACUUCGAUGAUGAGGCGUUUGACGAGAUCUCUGACGAUGCCAAAGAUUUCAUCAGCAGCCUGCUGAAGAAAGAUAUGAAAAAUCGCUUGGAUUGCACCCAGUGCCUCCAGCAUCCAUGGCUGACAAAAGACACCAAGAACAUGGAGGCCAAGAAACUCUCUAAGGACCGGAUGAAGAAAUACAUGGCAAGGAGGAAAUGGCAGAAAACGGGCAAUGCUGUGAGAGCCAUUGGAAGACUAUCCUCUAUGGCCAUGAUCUCAGGGCUCAGCGGCAGGAAGUCCUCUACGGGGUCACCAACCAGUCCACUCAAUGCAGAAAAGCUCGAGUCGGAAGAAGAUGUCUCCCAGGCUUUCCUUGAGGCUGUUGCAGAGGAAAAGCCCCAUGUAAAACCCUAUUUCUCCAAGACCAUUCGUGAUUUAGAAGUUGUGGAGGGAAGUGCUGCUAGAUUUGACUGCAAAAUUGAAGGUUACCCAGACCCUGAGGUCGUGUGGUUCAAAGAUGACCAAUCCAUCAGGGAGUCUCGCCACUUCCAGAUAGACUAUGAUGAGGACGGGAACUGCUCCUUAAUCAUUAGUGACGUGUGUGGGGAUGACGAUGCCAAGUACACUUGUAAGGCUGUCAACAGUCUCGGAGAAGCCACCUGCACGGCAGAACUCAUCGUGGAGACCAUGGAGGAAGGAGGAGAAGGAGAAGGAGAGGAAGAGGAAGAGGAAGAGGAAGAGUGAAACAAAGCUGGGGAGAAAUAGUUUUAAGUCAGAUUUCAUAGACUAUUUUUCUAAAUCUUCCCCCCCCAAAAAAAAAAAUUCAAGGUAGUAAAAGCAACUAGUGUAAUAGAUAACCAAGUUAGGCCAUUUGAAGAUUGAUUCUUCAGCCACAGCAACUGAUACCUAGUAGUGUUAUUGAUGGGCAUUAAUUUGAGUUAGAUGGCACCUUAUGAUACUAUUGCAACUUGAUUUCAUUUUGGAAAAUCACCAGUAACUUGCCUGACCAUUCUAUUUUAGAGAGAAAGUAACCAAUGAAAUAUUGGCCUGGGAAGAACCAUUUAUCCCCCCAACUGAAAGCACUCAUGAAAUAAAUAAGACCCUGUGGCCACAGCUUAGCACAUUGUGUUACUAGAUGUGGGGGCUCUCUCCCAGUUCCUGCCCCAGAGGACUGGCAUUCUCCAGUGACGCAGCACUGUGUUCUCAAAGCAGAUGAGCCAUUUUAAUUUACAAGGCACAUUUUACUCCAAAGUAUACUGCAGACAGUCAGAUUUUCCACUUCUCUCCCCUGCCCAUUCUCCACCCGAGCUUGCCAGAGAUUAAACACUAAGGCUACUUAGAUUCUGAAGACAGGGCUCUCUGCUCCUGGAUAACUGCCUUCCCUAGGGAAACAGAAUCUCCUUUCUUCCUACAUUAGCAGGAAAUCUAAAUGUAGAUGGCUAGCAGCUUCAGGCAUUCUCCUAAGAACCUGUGGGCUUGGGGGUUGGGAAGGAGUCCUUGCAACUGUGCUUUUCUUCAGAAACCAGAAUUCACAUUUGUGCUGUUACAGAAAAGCAGCUUUCUAAAUGUGGUACAGAUCUCUAUCAGAAUGUAUGAAAAAAAGUUUGCUGGAAAGUUGGUCUUAGUUAUUUAUUGGCCUGGGUGAAACAGAUUUGAGGGCGAAGAGCUGUAGGACUCCACAUACUUUGACAUCUCCUUCAGAUAGUCUGAGUUCCAAACACCUUUGUCCUAAACAGUUCAGAGAAUUCUCUCUACCUUAGGGGCUCCACAAUGUGUUAUUUUUCGGAAUGUACAUCAAUCAUGUCUUACCCCCAACCUUGAAAUAUACUUUCAAACCUGAUAGUGCACUCAGACUUGCAUCUUUAGGAAUUAUUUUUAGCUUUCUUUCACUACAUUGGCACUUAUAUUUUUCUCUACAAAACUUGUCAAAGGGCAUAAACAAAGACCAUAAACUGAUAUGCCUAAUACGUUUUCUUUGUGUGUAUGUGUGUGUACAUGUGGAGAAUUCCAAAUACUUUUUUCUUUUCCACUGUUUGUAAAGUGCAUCAAUUUAACUAUUCAAGGAACUCUUUAAUAGUUCCUUAAGAACCAAUUUUAAGUUACUCCAGUGCAAUGCUACACUGUAUCAACAUUAGAAAUUUGGCAUUCCUUAGUCUUGUAUUCUUUUCCAUUCUAUUUUUAUCUGCUUUUUUGCUGCUACUUUCAAAUUGCCAGUAUUUUCCUUUUUGCUUUUAAACAGGUACAUUAUUUUUCAUAAUAGCCACAGUAUUGCCACAGUUUACUAUGAUAAAGGAUUUUUGAUUUAGAGCAUUGAAAUCUUUUCUUCAUCACUUUUGUGUUUAGAUAUAACCUUUGUGUGUGUGCAUGUAUGUGUGUGUAUGUCUGUGUGCAUGUGUAGUGUGUGUUUGUUUACAGGCUUUUAAUGCCUUCUUAAAAUUGUGUUAAUGUUCUCAUUUUAUUAUGUCAUCAGAAUGGUAGAUGAGAACAGUGCAACUAUAGUUAGCUCACAGUUUUUAAAUAAAGGAUACCACAGUGCA